UGAUGAGGAAAGUGAUACAAUCAAUAUUGCAAAGAAAAACAAAACUUUCAUCAUAGAUUAUGAAUCGUUGAAAGUUAAUUGUUGUACUCAAUCAAAAUGAACUUACCAUGAAUUUGAAAUUUAAUUAACUUUUCUUUGGAAUGGAAAAAAAAUUGAAUCUCUAUAAAUAUCAUCCAUGGUAAAUUCCGUAUCAAAUUAACUUCACCAAUCAACUGAUUUGAUAUGAUCACAAUGGGAACAUCAAUGGGUCCUUUUCUUGAUUGGAUAGUAUUUCAAUCAUCUUGAUAAUAUUAAUUUUUCAAGAUUUAAUCAAUAAUCCAAUCACUAAUAUAAUAAUUGAGUCUCUCUCUCUCUCUUUAAAAUCAAUAUAAUAAAAAAAUGAGACAACAAUCAACAAUUAGUUUACUAAUGGUUGAUCCAUCAGUUGGAUUUUUAAACCAUCAAAUUGUGUGAUAGUUUAGUAUCAAUCUGAUUGAUUGGUAAUCACCAUGAGAUUAUCUAUCAGUAGAUAUAAGUUCAUCUCAAUUUCCAAGUAUUUGUUUUCCUUAUUCUGUUUUCUUGGUUGUUCAUUUCAACUUUAUCAUAUAACCAAAGUUUACCUAAGAUAUGAGGUAAUUACCGAGAUUGUAAUUGCACUUCCUCGUAAAUUGACAAUUCCUGAUAUAACAAUUUGCGUUGAAGACGCACAAUUUAUAAAUUUAACUAAAUUGGUUCACUGUCAUCCUGAUUUGGUCCAGCAAAUGAUACAAUAUGAUAGGACUGUGAAUAAAAACAAUGUCAAUGAUAUAAGAAAAGUUAAUUCAUCGGUUAUAACUCAUUUUGUCUUAUCCAAUUUGAGAAUCAAUGAAACUUAUCAUCUACUUUAUCCCGAAUCGUACCUGAUUAAAUCAUGGGAAAUCGGAGCUAAACAGAUAAACAAUAAUUCAGCACUUGAAGAGCAAGGAUGUAGGAUGAGAGGUCGUUUCAAAGAUCUUGGAUUUUGUAUAACAAUCGGAUGUUCUGGUACAACUGAACAAUCAUUCAGUGAAUUUGAUUAUCUUCGUUCGAGCCUGGAAAGGCCAAUGUUUGCCGUUUAUCUAAAUAGUAAAGCGAUAAAAAGUAUUCCCAAUCUAUAUGUUGCUCUGAUUAAAAACACUUCGUUACCCCGAGGGAAUAAGAUUAAGUUCAUUACACUUAAUAUGGAAAAAGAGCCAAGAAAAUAUCCAAUAAGUUAUCACAUUUUCCGUUCCAAUUUACUACCACCACCUUAUUCAACUGAAUGUGAAGACUAUUCAUCGGAUAAAUAUGAUUCCAUGGAACAUGCUAGAGAACUUUGUCUAACCAAUGCAACAUUGGAACGUUUUAAUAUGCCCUUUCCAAAAGUUCUGUCACCACCUCAUUGGGAAUAUUAUUUCGGUUAUAAACUGAUGAACUUGGCUCGGAAAAAUGUGACCAUUCAACAAGAACUUGAUUGGGUCACUUGGUUUUGUAUCGGUCAGACCAAUAAACCUCAUUGUCAUGAUACCUUUUACAUUACCACAUCAACCGAUUCGGAGAAAAUAUCAAAUCAAGAUUCAUAUAUUGACCUGAGAAUGCCCGUUGAACCUUACAUGACCACGACCUGUCAUCCUAAACAAUCAUUACCCGAAUACCUGAUUUAUGCUGGUUCAGUUUUGGGUACUUGGUUUGGGUUUAAUUUUGCAUUCUCAGUUCCCAUGAUUGUUGAUUACUUUCACAAAUUCACUUCUAAUCAUAUUGGAUCAUCAAAAGUCAAAAUUGAUCGAGUUGAAAAUUCAAAUGUAAUCAAAACUUUCAAUGAACUGAUCAACAACUUGCCUGGAAAAUUCAAUCCCCUGGUAUCAGUUAAUCAUCAAGAAAUUGGUAUCGCUACUAAUCAACCUCGACUAAUCAAACCUAAACCAUUACUAACCAAUAAACUUUGGUUAAAUUAUCAUGAUUAUUAUUCCCAACGUAAAUUGAGAAAUUUAUAUUAUUAAUUUGGUGGUAGUUGAGUAAUAAAAAAGUUCUGUCUUUGGUGAUGAUUAUCAUGAUUAAUUCAUGAUACAUGCUGCUUAUCAUUCAUGUUAAGGUGUUGUUGGUAUAUAAUAUAAUUUCAAUUGAAUUAACAACUCACUAAUUUACAUGAGCAAUUAUUUUCUCAUAUGUUAAAUUAGCUGAGUAAUUCAUUUAAAUUGUUUACACAUUCAACCUAAAUUAUAAUCUAAGUUAAUUAUCUUAUGCAAUUAAUUUUAUCUCCAAAAUAUAGUAAUUGCAAUUCAAAUUAAGCUAAUUUAAAACUAUUGAUUUUUGAUUUAAUCGUCAACACAAUUGAUUAAUUGACAAGUAUCACUUUUCAAAUUUAAUUCAACUGAUUAAGAAA